AUGGCUCCUGCCGUCAUUGAAGUCACAUACGACCUACACCCUCCCGAGGGCACCCCGCUCUCCGGGCUCGAACCGACAAAAACCCAUCAGUUUGCACUGUCAUCAUCUACCACGAAUGCCAAAGACUACUAUGGCGCCCUAAGAGCCGCAGUCCUCGAUGCCAAAACAACACUAGGAGAGGAGCUGACGGCUUGGAGGGACGCCGUUGGCACCAGGGAGCAAGGCAAGGAGAGUAAGAAGCAAACACAGGGCGAGGAAGAGGAAGACGAGGGGGAGGAUGUAGACGAGGAGUGA